AUGGAAAAUCAAGCUACAGGUGCCAUGCAAACCCCGGAAGAUAAUACUACCUUAAUAGCAUCCAAAAAUGAUGAUGAUUUUGAUAGUAAUCACUUUCAUCAAUUGGCCGACAACACCAAUUCACACUUGAUAUCUACAUUAAUAUCGACGUUAUCCCAAGUUAUUAAACAAACUGAUGUCUAUAGUAGACAAAAACAACGAUCCAAAAUAACGGAUGAUAUACUUCAACCUAUCAAAGAAUGGCUAAGAUUAGAUACUCACAAAACGGUAAAUAAAGUAGGCGAGAAAAAUAAAAGUCCUAAGGAUAAGAUAGGUAAAAACCUUGAAAUUCGAAAUCCUCCAUCAAAUAGUGAAACCAACUUGAAUAAUCAACUGUUAUCUAAUCAAAUCGUUGAAUUAAAGGAAAAUAUCAUGAUAUUGAAAAUCGACUUAGAUAGAAAAAUGCAAGAAAUUGCGUCGUGUCAUAAAUUAUGUGAAGAUUAUGAUAAGCAAACUAAAAGUCUAACGGAACUUAUACAAGAACAUAUCUCACAUGUGAUUAAUCAACUUGAUUUAGAUUUUAAACCUAGUAGGAAUGCUCAAGAUAUUCGUCAUGAUCUUUUGGAGCUUACAAGAAAAAUAUUGAUCUUAAAAGUAGAAUCAAUUAAAAAGGACAACAAAAUUAAACGAUUACAACAAAAUCUUGAAAAUUUAACAAAUGCAAAUCAGGUUAAAGAGUCAACAUUAAACCGCACACAAACACCUCAACUACCUACAUUAACACUAUCUGGGUCUCAGCCAGAUGUUAAUAGUGACGAAGUGAAAAAUCUUAAAAUAGUUAUAAUUCAAACACGGGCAAAAUUAAGUUAUAUCCGCUAUAUUGCAGGUCCAACAUCUGGAUCUCCUCGGAAAACAUCACCUUCUCCAGCUUCGACGAAUUCUGCCAAGUUCUUCUCUGAAGAUGAUAUUUCGCGUGAAGAUGACAGAAGUAGCAGCGAUAGUGCUAACUUAAAAGAGAUUCAGAUACCUGGCUACCUUGCAGAAGUCACACUUGGCACUACUGAAGAUGGUAUUCCUGUUACUCCUAGCCGAUUAUAUUUACGCUUUAACGGGCAAACUUUAAGAAAAAAAAGGUUAUGGGAAAAAGCCUUUGAAAAAGUGCGCGCUGGUAGUUCGCUUGUAACUGACGAUAUCUUACUCCAGUUACCAUUUGCUCAUCCUGGUAAUAAGAAAAUCAGUGUUAUAAAUAAAGCAGACUAUCCUAUCCCCCGUAGUAUGUCCUGGCAUCAGAGGCAGCAGUGUCGGUAA